AUGUCAUUCAAGAACACUGCGCUAUCAAGAAUCCCGGUAACUGCUCCCAUUACAAUUUGCUGUCCGUCACCUUCUAACUACAUGCCGAAUCUAACCUACACGAUGUCAAACAACGCACAAGCUCCAAGCUACACCCAAUACCAUCAUCCCAUGCGCCCGCCGAUGCGUCAAUUUGAUUACGGGGGAUAUUUACCGUUGCACUCCAACCCUGCAAGCGGUUUCUGGACAAGUUAUUUGAGUAUGAGCAUGGCAACGCAGAACUUUUCACCAAACGUAGACCAAUUCGACCGGAGUGCAUUCGAUGAUACUAAUUUGAUAACGAGACUAAGUGCUACAGCGCAAGGUGUGUAUGGUGGUGCAAUUACCUCGAACGCAUCUGUUUCAUCAACUAGUUACAGGAACAAUGAAGCGGAGCGUCAUCACUCUAUUGCUACAUCCACCACAGACAUCGAUAGAUUGCCAUCUCCCGACGAGAGUGGACAAAUUGAUGGUUUUGAAGAGAGUGAUGUAAAAUUUGUAGGAUCACAGUUUUUUUUUAUAGAACGGCAAAAAAGCAAUGGUCCGCCCCCGUACACGUACACGGUGUUGCGGGUCAGCACAAGAGCAGAGCAUCGGUACUCUAUCACCUCCACCGUACACGUCGAUAGAUUGCUAACUCUCGCCGAGAGAGCACAAGGUUCGAAACCUCUGAUGAUUUUAACUAGUGCAACUGUAUCACAGCAAACACCUGCCGCAUCAAGGAGACUCAGGUACAGGAACAUAGAAGCGGAUCGACAUCAUCGACAUCAGCCUAUUGCUACAUCUACCACAGACAUCGAUAAAUUGCCAUUUCACGACGACAGUGGACAGGGUGCAACCGCAUCGCAGCUGCCACGUGACACAUCAAGUACUCUCAGGAAGACAGUAGUGAAGCGACAUCGCUCUAUAGCUUCAGACGGUACAUCCACCACAAAUGUUGAAAGAUUGUUUUCAUCUGUCAACGAGAGAAUACAAGGUGCGACCGCAUCACAGCAUCCACCUGUAACUUCAACUAAUCUCAGGAAGUCAGGAGUUAAAAGACGCCGCUCUAUAGCUACAAACGCUACAUCCACCACAAGGGUUGAUGGAUUGCUGUUAUCUGUCACUGAGAGAAAACAAGUAUACAAGAUAUAUGCUAAAUAUACAAAGUCUAAAAUUUUCUUUGAAUAUGAUUUGUCAUCAUCAUCUCCCGAAAGACGUCUGCUGGUGGGCAAAGAUCUCCCCAUUUGUUCUCCACUUCGAACGACAAGUCCAUUCAUCAACCAUUUUAGCGAGAUAUCUAUUAGGACACCACUGGCAUACGGUGAAGGAGCGACGGCAUCUCAGUACUCAACUGACCCAUCAAACAGUCUCAGGAAUAGAGGUGCGGAAAGACGCCACUCUGUUUUGGUAAAGGCUACAUCGACUGCAGGUAGUACUAAAUUGUCAUCAUUUAACAAGAACAUUCAAGAUUGGUAUCGAGUCGAUUCAACUGCAUCCGUAUCAAACUUAGUCGCUAACGACAAUAGUGACGAGAGCUUGGACUCUGACCACCAAGACAGAGAAACCUUCAUUUCCACGAUGUAUCAUCAGUUAAUACAAAAUUUGCCAGAUUUUCAAUCCAAUGAAACGCUACCGUCGCACCCGCUGCAUGAAAUAUUUGCUCAAACGACAACGUCACCAAACGUUACUACACCAACAUCUACCACUUCCAGUUCUAUAGCACUCGGAGGUAGUGGUUCCUUUCACGAUCAAGAUGGAUACUAUAGCAGAGAAGAUAACAUAGAUUCAAUUCAAAUUGAAAGACCAUAUUCGGGGUUAAGUUCGGAGGGUGCACAAAGUAUUGACGCAUCAGUACAAAGAAUGCAAGAUCCCAAAAAAAAGAAACGUGACCACCCAUACAUUCAUCCACACCAGGAAAAUAGAUCACAGAGAUACUACGACGAAUAA